ACACACACACACACACGUUUCUCUCUCUCUCUCUCUCUCUCUCUCUCUCUCUCUCUCUCUCUCUCUCUCUCUCGCUCACUAACGCCCGUGAGUAAAACAGACGACGAACCAGUCAGACCAGUCCAGACGAAAGAUGGCAAAUCGGACCGAGACGUCGCUCAUGGACGAUGAGGAAGGUGAGGAGGGGGUCCAGUCAGGACAAGCGGACCAGACUUUUGGGCUUAGCGGUAACAUCCCCAAGAGACAUGCGCGAGUCACCGUCAAGUACAACCGAAAAGAGCUACAGAAGCGACUGGACGUGGAGAAGUGGAUCGAUGAGAGUCUGGACCAGCUGUACGAGGGUCAGGUCAGUGUAAGGCUCCCAGGGGAGAAAAGGUCCAGUGCCCUAUGAAAUUAACAGUAGUCCACUGUUAAUGGAAAACAGCAGCCCAUCAGAAACUUAGAUUAACACCCUGCAGAAGUCCUUGCUGUGAUUAGAAAUGAAAAAUCUGGCUUAAAUCUUUAAUUCUAGUAUUUAAACUGAUAUAUUUGAUGAAGAGUGUGAUAUUUUCAAGAGCAGAGGUGGGGCAGACUGUUCUCCAUACAAGGCCAAGCACCCUGAGGUCCACAGCUGUCCCCCCUCAGAGAUCUGGAUCUGUCUUUAGGCUUUUCUGCCUUACAAGGGCAGUGUGGGACUGAGACAGGGAUGAAUGAUGAGAAAAGGAGCAGGGAUGAGUGAUAACAGAGUAACAGAGGAGAGAAAGUGCUGUUGUAGCUCCCAGGAGGUAAACAGAUUACAUCUGGUCUUUCAGGCUGCUGGAGGAGGGUUGGAGGGGUCUCAAGAGGAGAGGAGCGUAGGGGUGAGUUGGGAGUCACAUAUUUUUACUGUUAGGACACUUAAGUUCAUGCAUCCAUAUACUCCCUUUUCUGGCACAGAGGAACGAGUUCAUCUCAGUUGUCUCCUCAAGAUCUUGAUGAAUUCAGGAGAAUUUAAAGACACAGAAGUCUAGGGUUAGGGUGAGUCCAUGAUAGUCCACACCCCAACAUACCAUCAAGUGAAGAAAACCAAGUAUAUAUCCCUAAUCAUGCAAAACUCCAAAAAACUUCCUGAAACUUUCCAAGUUGGCUGCAUGUGUGAAUGCAUGUACCAAAAGAACUGACAAAGAGGCAACUUGGUUGUAUGUUGAAAAACAAAUUCACUUGUUAAUGUGCAGCCCUGUACCUUUAGCAUGUACGAUAUAUCAGCUUAAUUUUUUUUACCUUCGUUCUCUUGUCAAGUUUUUGUUCACUACCCAGCUUCCUUCAACACGUCAAUAAUUUUCAACUUAAAUGUCAAAAACUGACGCAUUAACUGUGGGACUGUGCAAGAGGAAAUUGAUCCCAAACUAUAUUGUCGUAACAAACUCUCCUAGAACUAGCUUUUAUAAGACAAAAUAGUAUGAGGCCAUGUAGGAGCCAUUUAGGGGCCAAAAGAGCUGGUUCUUGCAGGGCCAAACAUUUCCAAAGGCUGCAUGAACUAUUGUUUAAAUAUAAUUCUGUUACCACUCCCUCAUCCAGGAUUAAUCUUCAAAAUAUAAAAUCUCAUUAACCCUCUGGUUCAUAGUGGUCACUACAGUGGACAGCUACCAAAAACUCUUUUUCUCUUAAAUGCAAUGGUUUCUAUGGUGGAAGUGUGUAUCAGCCUCUAGGGUGCUCUCUACUGCCCUACUCCAGUAAGUUACAUUUAGUGAGCAAUCAGUGUAACUGCAAGUAAAUUUCCUACAAAUCCAAGAUGGCCGAGAAACAGCCACCCCUGCUGACUACAGCUGGCAUGUCCUGUCAAUACUUCUACAGUAGAAGAACCCCAGCUGUAAAAAAAAUAUGAUGAUAUACUGUAACAUCUAAGGAAGGAUAUUAUCCAUUUGGAAUUGAAAAUUUCAUGUCCAAUAUGUAGAAAAUUACAAUUAACCAUGUGUCCAACUGAGUGGACAUCAUGCAUCACCCAGUAUUUUUUUUAACAGGAGUCAUGUAAUUGCUUCACUGUUACUUGUGGCUGUUUUGGUUAUAAAUCAGUGUAUACAGUGUAAUUAGUGUGUAACAGUGACGAAGAGUGGCUGCCAGAGAAGAAUAGACAUGUAGGGGCUGAGGAUGAAGGCGAUACAGACAGUCAGGGUGCAGAAAGGGUAGAUGCCUAUAGUCAAGUGGAUGAGGACCAGAAUGAUGAGAGGCAGGAUGCAGGGGAUGGUCAGCAUGAUCAGGGAGCUGUGGAAAAUGGGCACAUGGCACCUGACCAUUCUCAAGCUCGCAAAAAUAUCUGGAAAGUCCAAGACAAUCACUUUGAUAGAGAUUUGCCUCCUUUUCUAGGAGAGUGGAAAUUCAAUGUGGAGGGAAGAGAGCCUAUAGACUUCUCCAGACAUCUGUUUCCAGCAGAUCUCAUUGAUGAUAUAGUGAAAAACACAAACUUGUAUGCUCCCCAGUAAGGUAAAGAAAAUUUGGCAGUGACAGGAGAAGAAAUGCUGACUUUUUUAGGAAUCAACAUGAUCAUGGGGUACAUUCGUUAUCCCAGGGCACACAUGUACUGGUCUAGUGAGGAUGGCCUUGUCUAGGGAUGAUUGCAAAUGCCAUGUCUGUAAACAGAUAUGUGCAAAUCCUGUGCUCAUAUAAAGCCUGUGUGCCAUUGUGCCCUGGAUGCUUUGCCAACUUUCAAACACUUAUGAAAAAAAUCUUGAUCAGGGCUUUCAUAAUUCAUGCAUCAGAGGGUUAAUGCAACCCCUAUUUAGACACACAGAAGAACUGACUGCUCUAUCUGUGUCACAUGACUGAGUUUAAUCAUGCACACACCUCUUGAACCGCUACCAUUACAGAUUUCCUAUAAACUCCCUGUUGAGACAGUUUCCUGCUGGUCUAGGUACACCUACAGACCAGAAAACCAACAGGACCACAGAGUUUACUUUCAGCAUCUUCAUCUUUAGGCCUAAUUUUUAUCAUUGACAGAAAUGACUGAUAAGCAAGUAAGUCGACUGUGGGUCUUAGUAUAGUUUGUGCAUGAGAAUGUUAAAGUGAGUGUUACAGAAAAAAAAAAAAUAAUAAAAAACACAGCAUUAGUUUCCUAAUGUUGUGCAGCUCUAACCAAGAUCACAAUAAUGAGCCUGAAUUUCCAUCAUGUGGAGCAUCUGUGCUGCGGUUGUUUACUUGAGAAAAGGAAGGAUCCAAACUCUCCCCUCACGUAAUAAGAUGGAUCAUAGACAACUUGAGCAAGACCAAAGUGCCUUUGUAGACUUGAGUAAUCCCUGGAUUGUUAUGGUGAUAGUGUAUUUGUAUUUAAUCUUUUACUGGAGGUUAGCAUGUUUGGAUAAUCUUCAACAAAACCAUCAAUAAACAUUUUGAGUGGCACACCUCAAGACAAGCACUGUUGAGCCAAACAGCAGUGUGAAGCUGGAAGUAGGACUGCAGCUAUUUAAUAUUUUAGUAAUCAAGUAUUCUACCGAAUAUUCCAUCGAUUAAUCGAGUAAUCGGAUAAAACUUUUAUUGAUAUACAAGAGAAAAUAGGACAUUUAACUUAGUAAUGAACAAUAAAAUUGCUUUCCUUUAUUAGAAACAAGGGACGCGGAACAAGUGUGUGCAUUAGCGGAUUGCAAUGCUCGUAAAAAAGCUAAUUUUGAUAUUAACUUUCAUCAUGUCCCCAAAGACAUUAGUGUCUGAGAGCUGAAUAGUUCCUUUGUUACCUGCUUCUUCCACUACACCCGCAAUGUUAGGCUGCAAGCUAGCGUGAAGAGGAGUGUGCAGAGCAGCGCUGUCUCCGCCCACAACUCAGAGGUGAAUUGCUAAUGAGCUACUGGAGCUCUGCAGAAGGAAAGCCCCUCUCAUCAUUCAUUUUUUCCACUCUGCAAAACCAAAACUUCAUCUACUCCUCCUUCUACCGUGGUGACGUGAGCGCGUUGUGUCACCUUGAAAAUAAUCUGUGCGAAACAGCGACGAUUUGAGCUUUUAUACGAGUACUCGAGGCAGAGAAAAUUGCUCAAUCAUUUUUUGUAAUCGAGGUACUCGAGGUACUCGAGGAACUCGAGGAAUCGUUUCAGCCCUUACUGGAAGAGUGACAAAAGUGAUGGCUAAAAUCAAAUCGACAUGUAGUGUUGAAUACAAUCCUCUGUUUCUCUGCAUGUUCUUUUUACUCCUUUGGUGACUCUGAAUGCAGCCUUUUAAAGAUAAACCUUAUUGCAAGUAUGGACAAUAAUGCAGCGAUGAAUUUGACAAUGGACAUACGUCACAGGUAGGGAGGGAAACAGGAACAAAAGCAGCACAAUUAGUCAAAUACAUGAAUGAGUGAAAAGAAAAGAAUCAGCCAUUUUAAUUUAGAUAAAACAGUAAAAAAUUAAACAGUGACUAUCUGAUGUACGCCUGGUCUCCCUCUCCUCUACCCCAUCCAACACAGAAGACUACAUGCUGUGAGGGGGCGACUUAGGAAAAAUCAGGAGGGAAGAUGUAUCAUUAGAUUUUCUGAAAAUCUUAUGAUUGUUCUGUGCUGUUAAAACUCAACAGAAACUUGUGAUCAUCUGAUAUUUGGACUUUUUUCCUGAAUAUGAUCAGUAGGUCAGUUUUCCUUUUGUAUUAUGGCUCAUCAUGAAAAUAUAACUACUCGGACAGGCUGUAAGAGGCUGAACAAACUAAGUCAGGAGAGAGGCAAUCCUCAAGAGAGACUGACCGGCCUGGAAAAAUUUUACCGAGUGGGUGUGUAGAUGUUGAGUGUCCUGUUUGUGUCAGGGGCUGAUUAAUUAUUGUGCAGAGCAGAGCUGUGCUGUGGAUGGGCGAGUGGGUCUGUCCCUUCGUUAGCUGGUACAAUGGCUGCUUGUUUCAAACAGAUAAGCCUCUGUUGCAGUGUUACGUGAACAUUGUUUCUGCUUUGCCUCCAGUUGAUGAACAGGAAAUGUGUUCAUGUUGAAUACAGUAGGACCGUAAUAAGAAAGUUAGACCCAUGAACCUUAUUGGACCAUAAGAGUACAGGUCCUUUACAGACUACUGUAUUCACGUGAGACCUGAGUUUGGCUUUUCACUGUUUCUCUUCUCAGGUGAAAUUUUUUUUUGUGGAGCUACAGGUUCAUACUAUAGUUCAGAUAUGCCUUAAUGUACAAAAGAAGCAUCAUGCUUGGCUGAAGAUGAGUGACUAUAACCUUAGAUUCAUCAGGAAAGUAUUUUCUAAGGUGAUAAAUAAACCAAAAAACUUAACUGCUACACAGUAAACCUGUAAACAGCCUGAGUUGCAGCAAGCUGUUUACAGCAACGAUUAAGAGGAACCUAGGACUGGGCAAUUAUGUGAUCGUGAUCGUGAUAAAUUUCAGUUCGAUCACGGUGAUCAGCUGUGAGCAUAUUUACUUGAUCAAACAUAGAGGAAAUGUGCGCCACAACAGCCAAUCAGAGUCAAGCUGUUCCUGCUCACUUCUGUAAGUUACUGUAGAAGUAGACAGGAGAAGUAAACAGAAUGACUGAACAUGGAGCUAAAUGCGGAGCUGAGGACAACUAAAUAGAUGUCAGCCAUGACUUUGAGUCCUCCUCCGAAGAUGUUAUUGUUGAAAAGUUAUUCAACCACGGUUGUGUGGCGGUGGUUCGGGUAUCUCCAAAGUGACGUCGAGCAAUUAAGCCGAUGAGCAAGGUAUGUCGUCGAUCAGUGCCCUCAAAAACCAGCUACACAACAAAUCUGUUUAAUCAUUCGAAGAAGCUCUUCCCAAGUGAUUAUGCGGGAGCAUGAAAAUGUGAGUGGAGUCUGCACAGCCUGUCACUGCUGACGGUACGAGUAGCAUUAGCAGUUUAGCCACAACUAGCAGUGCAGCCACCAGACCAAAACAGCGAUCAAUCAUUUCAUCUUCGUUUACAUCAUCUAAUGUUUACAUUUUAAGGCGUCCUGCAUACCUGCAAAAAUACUCAGGGCUGUAAACUAGUUCACUGUAUUAUAUAGUAUUUACUGUAUCUACAUUUGUUGUUCUGUUGAGUUAAUGUUUUUUAUAUUUUUCUAAGUGUAUCUUAUUCUUUGUUAUUUACUUCGUAUGUUAAUACAAUGUUGAACUAAUCUCUAGUUUUUCAGUUUUUAGUACAGAUACUUUAAAACUGGCAGUUAAAAAAAAACAAUUUUGAUAAUAAUCGAGAUCGGACGGUACGACAAAAUGAUCAUUUUUUUUUGCCAAAUCACCCAGGCCCAGAGGAACCUAUGGUACCUCCAGAAAGAUCUAUGCCCCCCUUUAAGCUGAAUGUAAGUCUUACUCAGUAUAUUUAAAUGCAUGGUGUAUUUGUGUCACCGAUACACAGUCUUUUCUUUACGUUCCCAAGCUCCAUAUUUUAUGUCUUUAACCAGAUAGGAACCCAUUGAGAACAAGCUCUUUUAAAAGGGUGACCUGGCAAAGAGGUCAACAGCACACAACAUGAUAAUACAUGAUAAUACAUAAUAAUACAUAAUACAAUUCAGAAUCAGUUAAAACAAGGUUCCUCUGGAUCACUGCUGUGGUCCUCUGUUGCUGUGGACCUGCUGCUUUCUAGCUGUUUCAACUACAAACAUCAGUCUCUCCUCUGUCCACCUCUUUCUAAACUCAGCUCAGUCUCGGCAAAUGACUGUCUAACAUCAGUCUGGUUCUGCUCAAGGUUUCUGCCUGUUAAAGGCAGUUCUUCCUCUCCACUGUAACUAAAUAAAUGCUGUACUCAUCCCACUCAUGUGGGUGAGGAUGAGGAUGAGAGUGGGUCUGAUCUUACAGAAUGGGAAUCAGUCAGAUCACAUCUUUACAUUAGGGGUUUGUUAGUAUGAUCUAGAUUCACUUUUCUUUAUGCGUCAUGGGAUAAUACUUGAUUUGAUUUGGCUCUUUAUCAAUAAAGAUUAAUUGAUUGAUUGAUUGAUUGAUUUUUUGAUUGAUUGUAGUCCAUAAGGCCAUCUCCCUGUUGAAUUUAAUGAGAAAUAUAGCUAGAGGCGAGCUGGUUGUUGAAUGAUAGAAACAGCGUCAAAUUCAGAGCUCUGUGCUAAUUUUACGCUUUACUUUUUGCAUCCCUUCCUCUUCUGUUUUCUUCACCAUUUGGCUUUCUGCAAGGUAUUUUUACUGUUCAACUUCCAGGUCAAAGCUGGACAUGCAAACCUUGGAGCAUAUGCAUAAUAAGGAUGGGCUAUAUCAUUCACAAUAAAUAGUCAAAAAAAUCCUCCAUGAUAAAUAUUUGCCAUCUCAUGAUAAAUGUGAUAAAUGCAAGUUGAUGAUGUAAGUGUGAGCGAUGGACUCGCAGCCAUAGCCCACACAGAGCAGAAUAACAAACAAACAUGGCCGAAGGUAAUGAAGAAGACGUUUCUGAUCAGCACGUUACUGAACAAGGCUCCACAUGAGGGAUUUCCUUCAAGAUUGGGGUUUAGAUGAGGGCAAUCAGGUAUGCCUGACAUCAGACAGUAGUUCUGCUGCUGUUCACUCUGUGCAAUAAGAGCUUUCAACAAAUGUUGAAAAUGUUUUCACAUUUCAGACUUGUUUGAUGUCAUUAGUUUUCUCCAUAACCUACCACUCAAACUUGCGGUUAAGUACCUUAUUUUCUACUCCAACUAGUGUUCUCAAGACAAAAUGAGUCAAAAAUAUAGAUUAGAAUUAUAAUAUUUUCUAUCUGGACUUUUAUCGUUAUCACUAGAAUGGCAAAUCUUAUCAUGAUAAUUUUUUUAGCCCACAUCGCCCAUUCCUAAUGCAUAAUACUUGAAACAACUGGUUUCAGUCUGACUGAGCUGCAUACAUUGACACAAAGAUACUCCCCUUCAGCUGGGGUGCUCAACCAGUCGAUUGCGAUCGACUGGUAGAUCACGGACUAAUUCUCAGUCGAUCGUGAAAAGUAGCCUUGACAGCGUAAAAAAAAAAGUCUUGUAUCCGAUCAACUAUUUGGUAACGUUAAUUGGCUAUUUUUCUCAUGGCUGUGCCAUGCCAAUACCACGCCCCCUCUCUGUUGCGGCUGUGAGGUCAGGUCACAACGCGUGCGUGCUGCAGCCGCUGUUUACUUAGCUAGCAGCAAUAGAGAAAUGGCCAAAGUAAAAAGACCGAAAACUAUAGCCAGCAUGGCUAUACCAAAGAAGGGAAAUCUGGAAAGGCAUUUUAAGACACUGCACAAAAAAUAUGCGACAGACUUCCCUGCUAAAUCCGAGCUACACUUGCAGAAAGUGCGGGAGUUGAAGAUGCAGCUUGCAGCCCAGCAGUCUGUUUUUACCAGACCCAACACCAAGGGUAAGGCUGCUAGCAUCUUACCGUGUUUCUCGCACGCUUGCUAAACACAAGAAGUCUUUCAAGAAGGGCGGAGUUGUUAAGGAAGCCUUCAUUGAAGCCGUGGACGCACUUUUUGGUGACUUUAAGAUCAAAACGGAGAUUGUCUCCACUAUCAAGGACAUGCAGUUAUCGCGGAAUACUGUCACACAAUGGUGUGAGGGAACGGCAGAGGAUGUUGAAACACAGUUGAAGAAGGACAUCGAUGGAUGUGAGUGUUUCUCCCUCCAGUGUGACGAGUCAACUGAUGUGGUGGAUGUGCCACAACCAUGUGUUUCAUCAGGAUGGUUUUUGGAGACAUGUCGGCAAAAGAACUACUGACAGUUUUGCCUUUGAAGGGACACACAAGAGGCGAAGAUAUUUUUAACACUUUCAUGGACUUUGUUAAAACGAACAAACUGCCCCUCUUCAAGCUGAUCUCCAUCACAACUCAUGGUGCACCAGCCAUGGUGGGCCGCACAAGUGGGUUCAUUGCAUUGUGAAUCUUUCCCUGACAUCCUUAAUUACCACUGUAUUAUACAUCAGCAAGCAUUGUGUGGGAAGAUUUUAAACAUGAAAGAAGUGAUGGGUGUUGCUAUGAAGAUUUUGUGCUCUGUCCGGGCCAGGAGCCUACAGAGAAGAUUAUUCCACGCUCAUUUGGAGGAGACUGGCGCAGAACACACUGACUUGCUGCUCCACACAGAUGUGAGGUGGUUAAGCAGAGGUAAAUUUUUGGCCAGGUUCACUGAAUUACUGCCAGAAAUUAAAGAUUUCCUGAAACUGUCACAGCACACAGAGCACAUUCAGCUAGAGGACUCCCAGUGGCUUUUGGAUUUAACAUUUCUGACAGACAUUACUGACAUGCUUAAUGAUCUGAAUUUAGAGCUCCAGGGUAAGGAUAAACAUGUUAUCAAUUUGAUCAGUUCAGUAAACACAUUCAAAAGCAAGCUGCAGCUGCUUUCAAAUCGGCUGCAACACUGUGACCUGCGAAACUUUCCUCACAUGCAAGCAGAACUUCAGCGUCAGGGUAAAAACUCUGCACAGCUUGAUGAAGCCCGUUAUGAAGAGCAGGUUCAGAGCAUCCUGUCAGAAUUUGAGAGGCAUUUUACUGACUUUGUAUCCAUUGAGCCUGUUGCCAGUUAUCUGUGUUUUCCUUUUGUGGAGGAUAUUGAUGUGGAUUGCAUUGCCUGCCUGAGACUUGCAACUAGCUCUUACUGCCCUGACUAUGAGCAACUUGCUUCCUCCUCCCAGUGCCAGAGGUCCCACUAAAGUAGAAAAUCAUUUAAAUGUAAUGUUGAUGUGUUAAUUUCUUGUGUGCAGCAGUGUAAACACUCCAAAUACACUCACCGGCCACUUUAUUAGGUACACCAUGCUAGUAACGGGUUGGACCCCCUUUUGCCUUCAGAACUGCCUCAAUUCUUCGUGGCAUAGAUUCAACAAGGUGCUGGAAGCAUUCCUCAGAGAGCUUGGUCCAUAUUGACAUGAUGGCAUCACACAGUUGCCGCAGAUUUGUCGGCUGCACAUCCAUGAUGCGAAUCUCCGGUUCCACCACAUCCCAAAGAUGCUCUAUUGGAUUGAGAUCUGGUGACUGUGGAGGCCAUUUGAGUACAGUGAACUCAUUGUCAUGUUCAAGAAACCAGUCUGAGAUGAUUCCAGCUUUAUGACAUGGCGCAUUAUCCUGCUGAAAGUAGCCAUCAGAAGUUGGGUACAUUGUGGUCAUAAAGGGAUGGACAUGGUCAGCAACAAUACUCAGGUAGGCUGUGGCGUUGCAACGAUGCUCAAUUGGUACCAAGGGGCCCAAAGAGUGCCAAGAAAAUAUUCCCCACACCAUGACACCACCACCACCAGCCUGAACCGUUGAUACAAGGCAGGAUGGAUCCAUGCUUUCAUGUUGUUGACGCCAAAUUCCGACCCUACCAUCCGAAUGUCGCAGCAGAAAUCGAGACUCAUCAGACCAGGCAACGUUUUUCCAAUCUUCUAUUGUCCAAUUUCGAUGAGCUUGUGCAAAUUGUAGCCUCAGUUUCCUGUUCUUAGCUGAAAGGAGUGGCACCCGGCGUGGUCUUCUGCUGCUGAAGCCCAUCUGCCUCAAAGUUCGACGUACUGUGCGUUCAGAGAUGCUCUUCUGCCUACCUUGGUUGUAACGGGUGGUUAUUUGAGUCACUGUUGCCUUUCUAUCAGCUCGAACCAGUCUGGCCAUUCUCCUCUGACCUCUGGCAUCAACAAGGCAUUUCCGCCCACAGAACUGCCGCUCACUGGAUAUUUUUUCUUUUUCGGACCAUUCUCUGUAAACCCCAGAGAUGGUUGUGCGUGAAAAUCCCAGUAGAUCAGCAGUUUCUGAAAUACUCAGACCAGCCCUUCUGGCACCAACAACCAUGCCACGUUCAAAGUCACUCAAAUCACCUUUCUUCCCCAUACUGAUGCUCGGUUUGAACUGCAGGAGAUUGUCUUGACCAUGUCUACAUGCCUAAAUGCACUAAGUUGCCGCCAUGUGAUUGGCUGAUAAGAAAUUAAGUGUUAAAGAGCAGUUGGACAGGUGUACCUAAUAAAGUGGCCGGUGAGUGUAUGUCACUGAUAGGAUGUAGGCAACCACUAUAAAUGUCUGUGUUAAUAAAAGUGGAUCGCAACAGACUUCAAAUGUUUAAAGAAGAUCUUGGUUUAAAAAAGUUUGGGCACCCCUGCCCUACAGCAUAUAUCUGCAUAUGUUAGUCAAAUUACAAGCCAUUCUAGCCCUUUAAUGCCUGACACCACAAAUUAUGGCCAGAAAAUUCAAAAUUUUUUGGAGCUGAAAUGUUUAUUUCACAUACUACUACCAAAAAAAUCAAAAUGUCCCUAAAAUUUAACAAAUAUAUUUAUUUUAAUAAAUGAGCUUUUAACAACAUGUAAAUGACAGACUCUGAGCCUGCUGUCCAUAUCUCCUGAUGAGAAAAAUGUUCUUUCUGCAGCUGCGCUAACAAAGACAGUGUUGUAAAUAAAGUGUGUAUACAAAUGAAACGUAUUCAUCCAAACACUGUGUCGUGAACUUUGACCCUCUCGCUCACACAUUCCUCUCUGUCUGCAGCAUAUCUGUCUGAGCUCUGAGCUGAUAUGAUGCAACCUCUGCUGUAGAGUCAGGAGAGCCACAAAAUAAGGUCCCUGCUUACAGUGAAAUGAGGGCUGGUCGGUUUAGCCAGUCUGGUGUUUCUGGCAGAGGGACAGACUAAAUUUAUUUUGUCCUACACACAAAAUAGCUUGUGCAAAUAUGUAAACACAGACUGUAACAGCAUGAGAAAACACAAACAAAGACACAAAUUGGGACCCCAAAGGAAAAAUUAUAAAAACACACUUUAGUCAUAAAAGGGCUGUGGUAGUAACAAAACGUGUAGAAAAAUGGAAUCAUGAUGUGACUACAUUUCUUAGUGGAGAUUCUUUGUGAAAGACGGAUGUUUAAGCUCAGGUUGGAAAUGUUUAGAGUUUGGAGUCUGUAUCUAGGCUCUACCCUUAUCCCUCCUCACAGUUUUGCUUUACAUGCAGAAAUUUGAGAAGUAAUGAGAUAAUAUCCUACAUCUCUAUCAUCAUGGCCUGCAGAUGGAUACUGGGAUGGUGGUGGAGCUGAAAGUACCCAUGCAGCUCUUAUGCAGAGAGCUCUUGUAGGUUAAAAUAGCCUCCCAAAUUGCCAGAUGACAGGGAGGUGCUGGUUUACUAGUACUGCCCUCAACUGAUCAAGGUACAGCCACAGCCCUCUCAUGCUGAAAUCUCUGCAUUUGUGCAUUUUUAUGAGAUACUGUUUUUUUAGUGAAUUAUUUCUCUGUUAUUGAUCACUGCAAAAUGAUCAAUAAUGGAGAGUAAAAAUCUUAUAUAAUAGUGUAUGUUCUGACUGGACUAAUUCUGAGAUGUCGCUGUAUGUGGGUUGAAGCUGGUAACAGGCUUGACUUAAUUCAACAUAUUUCAGCACAGUAUAAAUUCAUUGUUUGAAUUUCUUUUAGAUGGAGAAAAAAUAUGUGAACGGGCUCAAGGGGAUAAAGUACAGUUUAUAUAAAACCCAAACAGCCUAAAAUGUGCUCAGUCACAUUCAUUAUGACUAUGAGUUAGAUCUAUUCAGUCUAACUUAAUGAUAUACCCGUGAGUGGCAUCUACAAGUACACACGCUGAGCGGAUGCCCACAUUGUUUUCAAAAUGGAGUGACCAAAGCGGUCUGCUACCUUGAACUUUAUCACACUACCUCAGCCCACAAGCUGGACAGCCACUUGCAAUACCUGCGCAGUAAAUGUUCCGAGGGGCAGUGGUAAAACUUCAAGUUAUAACACAACCAACUUGAUCAAGCACCUACAGAGAUUUCAUGCCAAGGAGCUGAAUUCACUGCACUGACUUAACGAAAAGGAGGUGGUAUAAAUCAGCAAACUUUAGAGGAGAUGAAGGAAAGGCGUGAAAAAUUUCCACCUAAUGGUGCGCAGGUAACCAAAAUGAUGGAGAGGAUACUGAACUUUGUUGUGAUGGAUGGGCAACCGCUGUCGGUUGUUGGGGACAUGGCAUUCCAACUGCUAAUUAGCCAUCUGGAGCCUCAGUACAACAUGAUGAGCCGAAAACAUUUUUCAGAGACAGCUCUACCUAAAUUGCAAACUAAAAGGGGGAAAAAACUCAUAUUAGAGAGGAUAACUUGUGGAGACUUGUGGAGGACAUCUUUCCCUGACGGUCUUCCAUUCGCUCGUUGCCAUAUGAGGAGAGAAAGAUUUGAGUCCAUUUUACAGUGUCUCCACAUGUCAGACAUUGAUGAGGAUGGGCAGAAUGAGGAAAAAAGGGGCGCAGCUGAAUUUGACCAUUUGUGCCAAAGUAGGCCACUUCAUGACAACUUGAUGACUGCUUGCAAGUCACAUUAUCAGCCUGUGAGACGAAUUGGCACUGAUAAAACGAUGGUUGCCAGCAGGGCGAAGAUUUCAUUCAGGCAGUACAUGAAGAACAGGCCCUCCAAAUUUGGCUAUAAAUUGUUUGUGCUUUCUGAUUCGACCACAGAGUACACAUGGAAGUGUUUGGGGAAAGGUGCUGUAGUUAUGCAUCAUUGAUGAGACUGUUUGACUUUCCCUUACUGGGUAAAAAAUAUCAUGUCCUCACAGAUCACUUUUACACUAGUCCUCUUCUAUGCAAGACCUUGCAAAGAAGGACAUUGGGGCCUGUGGGACUAUUAGGCAGAUGAGAAUUGGCUGUCCAAAAACCAAAGAGGAAGACUUCCUUAAGAAUGCGAGAUGAGGCGAUGUGCGAUGGCUGAGGAAAGAUGGUGUUCUUUUUGUUAAGCGGAAAGACAUGAGAGGUGACUGCAUGCAGCACGAUACAUAAGGCCUACAGUGGGAACUCAGUGAUGCGUAGAGUAAAGGAGGCUAGUGGCUGAUCCAGGAAGUCUGUCCCAAUCCCUGAACCCAUCAAAGACUACAACUAGGCCUGUCGCGAUAAUCAAUAAAUCGCCUUAUCGCUCGAUAAAUAAAAACGAGGUCGAUAACUUUGCCAGCCUCGAUAAUUGGCGUGCGUUUGUUUUCCUCCUCUCUCGCUACCAAACACGCUGGAUGAGAGAAGAGGUCUCACUCUGCGCGUUGUUCUCGGCACCUGGGGGCGUUGGCUCUAUAGCGGAAUGAACGGAGUUAGUGAAACCUCCUGUCAGUCAUUCAGUGUCUUUGUCACGAGGGGGCUGGCGUGCACAGGCACACAGACACAGACUUUUUGGAUACAGUGCUGCAAGUGAGCGUCGUGAGUGAAAAGCAAGCUAACAGAAUGAACACAAGUGGUUUUUUUUUUUCUCUGUUUGGUCCAGGGUAGGAACUGCUUCAAACUGUACUAUAUGACAUAGGGUGCAAGUAUGCAUGCACACACAUGCAUGUACACACGGACACACACAUACACACACUCUAGACUUUUUUUUCUUCUUUUUUUACACUGAAUGUAAAAAUCAUAUCUAGAUCCCAUGUUUCUGUCAGAAGGGCAAUUUGGCACCAUUUUCUAUGUAAUUGUCUUGUGUUGUGCACAAUAGUUGAAAAUACUACAACACACAUGAUUUAGAACUGCCUCAUAAUGUGUGGUUGUCCUUGUAGAAAGGAAAUAAGCAGUAAUUAACAGACAGAUCCCAUGGUUUCAUUUGAAAUGGCAAUUUGGCUCCAAAGCGGAUGUCCACCUGAGGCUUUUCUGACUAAAAUGGCUGUAAUAUUGUUGUCCAUCAUUUCUAUGACACCAGACCUGGAGGGAUUGCAGGUCAGAUGUUGUAGAGCAGAUCCAGCACAUCAUCUGCUUACUUACAUUGGGUUUACUUAUACUUCUAACAUUUUUUUUUUCUACACAGGGAUAAAAUUUGGAUUUUUUUCCUGUAAUUUAUCUGAUACCAUUCUAGCAUUAUUAAAGUCACAACUAAUCUUUGACACUUGAUCUAGAUUCUACAAGGUAUCACUUUUCCAUAGACACCAAGAUUGUGCAUCUAGGCCCUGUUUAAUUCUGUGUGUCUGUGUGUUUGCUCCAGGAAGGCGACAUGCCAGAGGAGGUGAACAUUGACGGUUUAAUAGAUCUACCUGAUGAUGAGAAGCGAAUCAGGAAGUUACAGGUAUUAUUAGUUUUGGGGACAUUUCUUUUCCCCUAAAUUAUACAAAUAAAGAUAAUAUCUUAAUUAUUAUUAUUAUUAUUUUUUAACAGGAGCUCCUUCAAAACUGCAGAAACAACACAGAGGUAUGUUUGAACUCACGUAUUUCCAGCACCAGCUCACACUCAAUACAUGCAAAUAUUCAGACAACAUGAAGGCUCACACAUUAACAAAUACACACUGACAAACACUAACAAAUACACAGUCUCUGGCCAUGUGAAGACAAACUGUAGCGGGAUGGUCUGCCGUCUCGUCCUACGGUCACUCCACUCUCCAGGACAGAGGCUUUUUGUGCUCUACUGCAUUUCUCUUCACAUUUUAAACAGACACAAAGAGUCUUUUGGACUCAGUGUCGACCUCGCUGUGGUCGGCUCAGAGAUGCAAACACAGGCAAAAGAGCAGGGAGAGUCAGCGAGGCUGGUGAGUUCCAAACACACACUCUGAGUUUGGUCAAAGGGAAAAAUAAAUCGCAGGAGCGAUGUUUUUUUUUAUAUGAGUCAAGAAGAGCUAUUUGAAUUAUUUCCAGAAUUUCCCGUUUUUAAUUCUGUAUUUUAUUAUGCAACCACAUUUUUUUUUCUCCUGAAGCAUGCUUCAUUAUGUGGUGCAUGAAUAAUGUAUUCACACCAAUGUAAAUAAAAUCAUUAGCACAAGGGAGCUACAUGGAAAGUCAAAGUAAAGAAGGGAUUAGAAUCACGGCAAUGAGGCAGCAUAACAAACACAAACUAAGCAAAUUAUACACAACUGAUACAAAUUUGCAGCUCGUUCAUUGCACUGCUUGUGUCAUUUGCUUGUUCAUGGGGGUUAAAAAUUUGAAUUCAAGCAAAUUAGCCAAUAAGAAAAGAGAUUCCCCGAUGAAAGGACCACCGGAUCAGUGGAGGCUCUUUUAUCUGGAAUGAUCUUCACUGUGUCGUUAAUCUUGGCUAUGUUGGAUAUGAAAAGACUGAUAUGACAUGUAGGAACCCGCCUCCUCUUUAUGUCACACACUUAAAAAAAUAGAACUUUUGAAUUUUGGAGAAACUGUCUGCAGCGUGACUGCAGAGCUAACAGUUUGCUACCUGGCUAAAAGACUAAUCUCAUCUACUCAGUCAAUCCAUUGAUCGUGUGAUAAAGAAAACGUGGGAAAUACCUUGUUGUUGGACACAAACAGAGCUUCUGGAUACAAACCCUAAAUUUGUAAUAUUUAUGAAAAAUAUGAAAAUAAAAGUACACAGUCAAAUUGAAGACAAGCAACUUAUUAACACAAUUACUUCAUAUGUCCUCAUCCAUUUCUGAUUAUAUUGAGAUUUACAAUAUCAUCAGCCCUGCAACCAAAACUACUUUGAGGAGGCCAAUGCCUCGUUGAAUGGUUGUUUGUAUUACUUUUAUUUUGUCUUGGUUUUUAGGCUACUUUUUACCAGCUUUGUCAAAAUGUGCUUGAGUUACAGAAUUGAAUUAAAAUUGAAAACAAAAAAAAACAACAUAAAAAGACUAAAAAGUAUUCAUGUUUACUUGAUUAGUUACUUGAAAAGGUUUAAGCUAUAACACAUUUUCAAUUCAGAAUAAAUCUUGAACAUCAGUUUUAAAAAGUGCCUAAUCUGGGGGCGCAGAUGGCCGAGUGAGUUAGCGUGCCCCAUGUAAGGGGACCACGGUCCCCGCAGAGGAUGCGGGCUCGAGUUUGGCUGCAACCAUGUGCUGCAUGUCUUCCCCCCUCUCUCUCUAUCUCCCCACAUUUCACCCUGUGCUAUCCAUUAAAAAAAAGGCAAAAUCGCAUUAGAUUUCUCAAUAAGCAUACUUAUGAGAGAUUUCAGCUCCCCACUUGAAAAUCUUUGUUUAUUGUGAAAAAGUCUGAAUAAAACCAGCCACUGCUGAGGGUGGAAUUCACCUAAACAAAUACUGCAGAUUAGUUUCUAUAAAAGGAAAAGACAUUAGUCCAGAGUCCAGCACGCUUACAGUCAGAGUGGAGCUGCUCCUUUCACAAACCUCCUCUCUGCAUAUUUAAAAGUUUGUUUCUUUAACAGUUAAAUGUGAUAUUUGGCAGUUAGAUCUGUGUUUGUUUUUAACAUUUUAUUUUAGUUUAUUUUGUUCAAACAGAAUAGUAACAGCACAACUUUUGCUUUGGCAGCAGCAGACAGCAGAAGGAUGGGAGCUCAGAGACCCUGUGCUCUCUGAGGUCUUUAUGAAUUUAUGUAAACACUUAAACAGCCAACAAAAAGAGCUGGAGAAACAGUGACACCUAACUUUUCUGAGGCAGGGUCAUUGCUCCACUCUGAUCAAUGUUUGGCCAAGUGGUUCUGAUGAACCCAUUAAUCCCUCCCUUUACAGCCCAGUUACACUGUGAAUCCCACGACAGGACUUGAAUGACAGAAAUGUUUUCUUUUCCGAAAAUGUCUGUUUUUUACAAAUUAUUUAAACAUGUUUUGAAAGUUAUAGUUUGACAACCCUUGUCUGGACAAGGAAAGUGAUAUAUGACCCCAGCUGCACUGUAAUAUUUCUGACAAAUAAAAAAACAAAAAACUCUCUUGCAGUUUUAACCUCAUUCCUCUCUGUGACUCUGCAUGCUUUGCUCCUCUUCGUCAGGCCUUCAUCAGGGAGCUGGUGGAGAAGCUGGAGGGAGUCCACAAACAGGAAGAGCUGCAGAGCGAGGGCAUCGAGCAUCCAGUCAUCUGCCACAGCCACUACCGCCAUGAGCCGUACCACUUCAACAACCCACACCAUCACAUGCACCACAGCAGAGGACAGAACCAGACCCUAUAAAGCAAACACACAGAAACACACACAGACUCACACAUGCACACAUGCAAAAAUGGUUUAAGAUGAUUAUAUCUCAGAUAUCAUGUCAGCACAUUUACUCCUGAAACAAAAUCUACCUACCAACUCCCUUCAAUUUUUGUCCAGACCAGUGAUGAAUCAAGGUUGCCUCAUGCUUAAUGCAAAAACAUGACAGCGGGAUCAUUUACAUGUAUUCAUAAUGACUUAAUGUUAGUAUACUUCAUGUAUGGACUACAACUACAGCUACAGAGCACAUGGAAGUCACACUUUAAGAUAGUGUCUGCAUUAACAUGGACCUGAGUGCCCUGGCUAUGAGCCUUUUCUAGAUCAUAUGGGGUUUAGAUGCACAGAGACAAACCUGGUUAUUCAUACUCUUGUAUAAAUGAUUAACACCUGUAUCCUCAAUUUUAAUUUCUACGUAUAAUUUGUAGAGGACAACACAAACUUCAGCUGAACAGAAAUCAGAGAAAACGAGACCUUUGUAGCUUAUUGCGAGCUUAGUACUCUUAGAUAUCAACAUGGCUUUGCCAGUGUAGCACGUCCACCUCAUUUCCAGCUAUGGGAGAAGAAAGCAACAGGCUCACUUCUGACUGCUGUCUGCCUCUCUCUGUGUAGGACAUGGGAGCAAUAGGUAAGAUAUUCAGUGAUGUAGAAACACUCUAAUGCAUCUCUUGGCCAAGGUCAUGUCUGCACAUUUCAGAAACUAGAAUAGGUCAUGUGCACGCCACUUCUGAAAACGUUUUUUUCCUUUGCUUCUUGACCUCUCCUUCGACGUGAACAGAGCUUUAGGUCACUGAAAAUGUGGAUUCUGAAAAUAUCUGAAAAGUCAGCUCAGUCAUAUUCAUAAGACAGCAGAAAUGAAGGUCAGAGGAAACACUGAUUUACUUGCACUGUUGUUGUCUGUAUGUAUUGUGCGUGCACCAAGAUAGCAGACUACCAGUUUGUUUUCCUCUGCUUGUUACUGUUUAGGUUAAGUGGUAUGUUUAUAAGGAAACCUUUCUGUGCUUCAUCAUUAUACCUCAUCACAGGGGCAAAUAAAUAGAUCAUGCUCUGUAGUUUGUAUUCAAAGGUAGAUAAAUUCACCAUUCCUAAUAUGGCUAAUGUGUGUCAUAAUGCCUCUUCAGAAAGCAGUGGGUGCUAUCACUGAGAUUACAGCCAUGUUUUAUACAGUCUGUAGUUUUUUCACCUAUCAGGACAAUAUGAAGUAUGUAUUAGUUAGUUACGAGGUGCUGGUAUAAAGAUUUUGUUGCCAACAGUCAGGCUGACUGAGUCCUCAGCUCUUACUGAUUUAGUUUUUAUGCAUAACUAGCAGCUACUGACUAAAUCUCCCUCUGACCAGGUGCUAGUUCCCAUUUGUGAUAGAUUUUUGAUAAUAAUGACAAUGGGCCAAAGAAAGCUUGUCCUUAAAAAACAGGUCACAUUCUCAUAGUUCAACAAAAAAAAAAAAAAAAAAAGGAAAAGGAGGAAAAUCCCAUAAUUAUCAAACGUUUGACUCUUAGUAGCUCCAUCAGACUCAGAAAUUUCAGCUUCAAACACAUGACCCUUCACACUGUAGUUUAGUUGUGCAUUAGGCUGUGACACCAACUAAUAAUAUCAGGUGGAUGUUUGUGGUUGACAAAAUCACUUACAUACAGCUCUGUGUUAAACAAAUUCAAUAUCUGACUCUCAUCAUCUACUGUACACACUUUUUACACUGAACUGAACUGUGACAUGGUUACAGUCUCUCGCUAAACACGUUUUGGCUGCACCACCUUCAUCUAACACCACUAGAUUGGAUGCACAUUAGUUUUGCAACAUCUGUUUUAUUGUAGUGGUAAUAAGUAUUUAUUGUCAUGGUUACAGGACACAGAUUGCAGUGUGCGAGACUUGAAAGUGUUGCAUUGAUAACACAACAUAACAGAGUUUUCUAAUAUUUCACUGUCCUUCUGUUGUUGUGAUGUGUUUUUACAGUUUUUGUUCACGUAAUGUAGAGUCUGCAGAUAGCACUGCAGAAACUACUAAUAAACUUUUAUUCUCUGCGGUCACA